UUAUUAAAUGUUUUUGACACUUGGAUUUGAGUUUGAUCAGUUAAAUCACAUGUAUUCAGGGCAUCCGCUGUGGAUUUUUAACUGUGGCAGGGAUCAGACUGACAUCCAGACGGGCGAGGAACAAGAAACGAGACUAAUCGACUACUUCACCUGAGAUUAUAUUCCAGUUGCAGAGUGCUGUGAGAGCCCUGAACCAUGCGUCCUGUUGUGGUUACUGUCAUCCUUCUUCUGGUGGUGCUGAUGUUCACGUUGGACUCUGCAGCCUGGGAUCCUGCAGAAAUGUGUAGGACCACCUAUCCGGCCAAAUCGUGUAAAAACAACAACCGCAAAGAAUGGCUCCAGAUGGGUGACAACUACUGUGUGAAGGCGUUCUUCAAUACUGAGCAUUUGGGCUUUUUUGCAGCAGACAUUCGUGCUUCAGGUCUUGAGUGGGCUUGGACUGAUAACACUAAGUUUGAUUACAGUAGAUGGGCUGGUGGCCAGCCUGACAACUAUCAGUACAGCGAGGGCUGCGUUGAGAGGAACUACUGGGACUGGGCUCUCUGGAACAAUGUGAACUGUAAAGAGAAGAGGCCCUUCGUGUGUGCAGUGAAGGUCUAGUGGUUCAGAGAGAACCUGAAGACCAGCAGUUGGACCGAUCUGCUUCAGCUGGAACCAAUGCAAGCUUUUACAUUUACUGCAAUAAAUGUUCAGCAUCAGAAAA